AAAUACGGUGGUCACCUCCUUCGCUUAAACCCUAAACCCUGCGAACCUCUCUCUCUCCCCUCCAAUCUCAAAAUAAAAGAAAGACAUGCUACUGAUAGCUCGAACGCACUCUCUCUCUAAGCUCAAACCCCUCCUUUCUCUCUCCCUCCUCGCCCAAUCCUUCCCAGCCCAAACCCCCUAUUCAAAUUUCCCUUCAUUCCCAAAACCCCACCUCCAAAUUCCCACAAAUUCUCAAUCUUUACCAUUUUCCACCAUUUUCUUCCACCCAUUUUCUUCGUCUCAAUCCUUGCCCUUUAACCGCGAAGGAAAUUACGAUGAAACUACCGCCGGAGCUCGCCACGUCUGCCGUGGGUGUGGAGUUCACAUGCAGGAUUCCGACCCCAAACACCCCGGAUUCUUCCUCAAGCCCUCGAAAAAGGAUCCGAGGACGUAUCGGUUGGGGACCCAUCUCGAGCACGUUGGUCAAGUGCCGGAAUUCAAUGACUCUCUCAAAAGGGGUCUCAUAAUCGAGCCCGAAAACUUGAGUUCUGAGGCCGAUUUGGUGGGAGUCAAGGUCGAAAAGCCGGUGGUCUGCGCACGGUGUCAUUCUCUGAGGCAUUACGGGAAAGUGAAGGAUCUGACGGUGGAGAAUUUACUACCGGAUUUUGACUUUGAUCAUACGGUUGGGAGGAAGUUAGCUUUGACGUCGGGGACCCGAUCAGUGGUGCUAAUGGUGGUGGAUGCCGCAGACUUCGAUGGAUCGUUUCCUAAAAAGGUUGCCAAGUUGGUUUCGGAUACAAUUGAGGAGCAUUUCACAGCUUGGAAACAGGGGAAAUCAGGGAAUGUGCCGAGAGUGGUGCUUGUGGUGACAAAGAUUGAUCUUUUGCCGAGUUCGUUGUCGCCCACGAGGUUAGAGCAUUGGGUUAGGACAAGAGCAAGGGAGGGCGGAGCGAGUAAGAUAACGAGUGUGCAUUUGGUGAGUUCUGUGAGGGAUUGGGGGUUGAAGAAUCUUGUUGAUGAUGUUACUAGCUUGGCAGGGCCGAGAGGGAAUGUGUGGGCAGUAGGGGCGCAGAAUGCCGGGAAGAGUACACUGAUAAAUGCGAUAGGGAAGCAUGUUGGAGGGAAGAUUACGCAUCUGACAGAAGCGCCAGUUCCCGGAACAACAUUGGGAAUUGUUAGAGUGGAAGGUGUUCUUCCUGGUCAUACCAAGUUGUUUGAUACUCCCGGGCUUUUGAAUCCUCAUCAGAUUACGACUAGGUUGACAAGAGAGGAACAAAGUCUUGUCAACAUUAGCAAGGAGUUGAGACCGAGGACGUACAGGAUCAAGGAUGGGUAUUCAGUUCAUAUCGCUGGGCUUAUGAGGCUGGAUAUAGAAGAAUCAUCCGUAGAUUCUGUUUAUGUUACUGUAUGGGCAUCUCCUUAUCUUCCACUACACAUGGGAAAAACCGAAAAUGCAUGCACAAUGAUAGAGGAACAUUUUGGUCGUCAAUUGCAGCCACCAAUUGGAGAGAAUAGAGUUAAGGAGCUUGGGCAGUGGGUGAGAAAGGAAUUUCGAAUCAGCGGAAACAGUUGGGAUUCAAGUUCGGUGGAUAUUGCUGCUGCAGGUCUUGGUUGGUUUGCUGUUGGACUUAAAGGAGAGGCAGUUUUGAGUGUUUGGACGUAUGAUGGUAUCGACAUUGUUCUUCGCAAUGCAUUACUUCCUCACAGAUCAUACAUUUUUGAAGAAGCUGGGUUUACCGUCUCUAAGAUUGUUUCCAAGGCUGACCGAGCUUCAAAUAAGCCACAACACAAAAGUGAGAAGAAGAGGAAACAAAGCGACCAGAAGGAAUCUGUUCCCUGCUGAUUCAAACUUAUUAACUGAAGCAGAUUCAAAUUAUUUUUACGACUGGAAGUGUUAGCUAGGAAAACAGAAAGUUCUUAUGACAAAGGAAAACCGGAGUUUUGACAAUUUACGAUUGAUGAUACUACAGGUACAGGUGAUGAGGAAUAUCCAGUAAGCAACAUCAACCUUUUAUAGGAAUGAAAAAUCUAGGCAUGUUAUUGAGCCCCCGACAAAGCCGUUGAUACUUCCUCCGACCAUGGAAGGAAGGGGUGGAUGUUCCAUAUUGGGAUGAUCUUUCUGCAGUACUGAUAUUUAAGAACGACAGCUCAAAGGCGGGGUUUUUUACUGGCCUCCGAACUAUAGGAAAAGACAGCUUGCAAAAGGGCUUUUGUGACUGUAAGUAUACAAGCCUUGUGCUGAAUUUCUUAUUCAUUAUUCUUCUUUCUGUAAAUUGCAAGUCUGAUCAGUUUAUGAGCUGUUCUGGUAUGAAGUUAGUCGUGAUUCUGUACUGGUUUUCAUAAUUAUGGCAAAAGGGCCAAAAUUUAAUGCAAUAAUUCUUGUGUUCACAAUAAA